GUUGCUGUACGGUCGCGUAGCCGCUGAUGGUGAAUAGGUCGACUGCAUCAGCUCACUUGACGUAAUCAACAUCGCGAACCACAACAAACAUCACCGGUAGCUCAACACGUACUUACAGUACGUCUUCAAGACACUGACAACUGAAUAGCGCGCAUCCGUUUCCAAAGCUUUCUGUGAUAAUAACGAUAAUAGUAGGUUACUUUUACGUCGCGUGUGCAUUUUAUUGUAUACCUGCGAUUAAUGCACUAGUUUCUGUUGUCCAACUACCGUAAAAGAACAUUAUGAACUCUGGACAUCGUUUUUAAACGUCUUAAAGCGUCACGACAUCGGCGAAGUAAAUUUUUUUAUAUCAUAGUAUCAUAGUGCGACGCGUUAUCGGAGCAAAAUGUUUUUAGUUUUCCUAUUUGUUAGUGUAAUAGGUGCCAUAAAAUCAGACUCUGAUGCAUCAGCAGUACGAAAUUUAGUCGGAGAACCAGACUACCAUCGGGUAAAGUUACAGUGGGAAUCGGAUGCCAAGCACACAUCAAAAAGUGCUUUCCAAAUUCGUUAUUGCGAACUACAGGUGUGGGGAACUCAACGGUGCAGAAGUAAAUCGAUUGAACCCAAAAACGAAAAUAAACCAACGAGAAUGUCUGAUGAAGAAGAUAAUACUCAAAUGUAUUCUGCCGACAUCGAGGGCCUACGUAUGGCCACUACAUAUUCUUUUGAAAUAAAGACGAAACAGAAGAAUUUGGCAACGCGCGAAGAGCGAGCAAAUAAUGGCGAUAAAAGCCAAAAUAUGAUUGUCAUACCAACCAAAGGCUUUUCCGCUAGAGCAACUCAAUGUCUUCCGCACGCUAGUGUGAUCGAAGUAUCUACAGGGCCGUACUUUGGAGGGCGUAUCGCUGUUGAAGCUGCCGACGGAGAAAGGUGUGCUCUGGACGGUGAACCUAACAGCCCCAGGGACGUUUAUACCUUAAGAAUCAACCACACGGAAUGUGGAAGCAAAGUGAACGAAACAACAGUGGCUACGUACGUCAUCGUUCAAGAAAAUUUACCGAUCCUUACCCAUAGUACAAGAAGAUUUCUUGUUUUGUGUACCUAUCAACCAGAAACACUUACCGUAAGAGCUGGGAUUAAUUUGCCUUCAAGCCAAAAAGGAAGAGGAAAAUCUGAUGCAUUAGCUGUUGAAGAUGAUGGUAAUAUGCGAAGGGGACGUUUCCUUAGACCUCCAAAGUUACAAACUCCUGCUGCUCUUGUUAACGAGGAAGAAGAACCUCCCGAAGAAGUAAGUUCCACUAAUAAUCACAAAUCGAUACCACUGGCUCUUUUGGCAAUCUUAAUGACUGCUGGUGUUGUUGGACUGGUUGCAGUUGCAGUGAAAUGGAGCUCGAAAAAAGCUAGACAUGAUGCUGACAACAUUUCAAUAGCUUCAGAAAUAUCAACAACGAGUUGUAGUACAAUCGCUGAAGAAGAAUACAAUAAAGACGAUAAAACGUCUUCUAAGUAUCAGGGUUUGGAAACUGCAUAAAUAAUUUAAUUUUUUUAAUGGUCUUCUGUUUACUCUAGAAAUGACUGAAAUUUUGGGUAAAGCUGACAGAACUGGAAACAUUGGUGAUAAAUAAAUUAGCUUACAUAACGUGUUUCCAUUUCUUUGCUUGCUAAGGGCGCGAAAAUCGAAACCUUCCAAUUGGUUUAAUUUUUUUGCUAAGUAAACUAGGUACUGCUUUUUUUUUAUACUCCUUGAAAUUUGGAUCAUGAUUCGGAAGGUUACCCUAAUUACAUUUCAAAUCAGACCAACCGUCCUAACCUCAACUUUAUUUCAAACUCAAAAAAAAUCAACUUCCCUCCCAUGCUCCCUUUCUCCUUCCCAACCAUUACAUAAAGGACUGAGAAAGGAAGACUUUUUAACCCCUCCUAUUUUCAUUAGUCAGAAAUCCAUUUUGGUCUAGACUCAUUAUUUAUGCAUAUAGUUUUGUAUACAUACUUAUAUAUGUAUAUUUGUAGAAUAAUCCAAUUUUUGUCUGAUUAAAAACUAACUUAAUAAACGUGAGCUCUCUACUAGAUAUUUGGAAUACCUAAAUAACUUAAUUAUAUCAAUAAGCAGGUAAGUUAUCUGUAAUUUUUAUUAAUAAGUUAACUUAUUAUUGCAAAAGCAUAUCUUCACUGUACUAUAUCACUUACAUAUGUUGCAUUAUAAACAGUUGAAAGCUAAUAUAGGAGUUAUACUAGACAAAGUAAGGCCUAAACUUCGGAAUAAUUCUGGGAUCCACAUUUUUUAUGAAACGCUUUAUAUUCGGUUUUAAAUAGUAUUAAUUUAAAAUGCAUCUUAUAGUAAAAGCGUGCAAAUUGUUCAAAUGUGCUUAAUACAAAUGUGGCAUUAAAUUUUAAUAAAUCAAGAUGACGAACUUAAAAUGAUCGAUGUAAAAUAAAAUGUUGGGAAAUUAACCAGACAUUAGCAUUUUUUAGAAUAUACUGGUAACGGCAAUUUCGAAUUUGAAAUUAAAUUAAAAAAUUUAAAAUUUGAAAUUGCUACGGUUUGUUUAUUAUUCUUUUUGUCAUAUUUACAUAGGUACCUAUCGUUUUAUGUUGGUAAUUGCAAUAUUAAGGGUGUGUUCCGAAAUAUAACCUAGCAUACUGGCCAGUGCUGAUGACUCAUAAAUCGACGCCAUAUUGUACUA